UCUUAACCUCUUUCGCUCAUUACUUACUUACCUACCCCAAAAUAGCCUUUCAACCAUUUCCUGAAAAAAAUUUAAGAAAGAAUGAGUUUGGAUACGGCUAAAAGUGAUUUAUCAACAGAAGCCCAAGUAGUGGGAACCGAACAGAACAAUGACCAAACAACUCCUAACCCUGGUUCAUUCACAGAAACUGAUAAUUCACAAAAUGUGCUUGUUUUGAACAAUGGGUCAAGAAUCCUCUGUAUUGCUGAUGUUCGUGGUGAAUUAAGCCUUAUCAACAAGCUUGCCGAAGAGACUCGUGCUGAUUGUGUCAUUCACACCGGCGAUUUUGGAUUUUUUGAACGAUCUUCUUUACCUAAUAUUUCAGAAAGAACUCUUCGUCAUAUAGUCCAGUUUUCGCCUCUCAUAAAACGUUUGCCUAGAUCAAAAAGUUUUGACUAUUACCCUUCGAACCCAAUAGGCGAACUAAAAAACAGCAUCGCUUCGCAUCCUGAUUGCCUAUUAUCCGAACUUCCGUAUUUUUUGUCUCAGGAAAAGAAAUUUGUUGUUCCUGUCUAUACUGUAUGGGGCGCUUCUGAAGACGUUCAUGUUUUAGAAAAAUUCGCUACUGUUGAAUACUCCAUCCCUAAUCUUAAUAUCAUUGAUGAACUUCACUCUCACCUUUUGCAGGUAGGCGAUUUAAAAAUUCGUUUACUUGGACUUGGUGGCCCUUAUGUUCCUUUCAAACUGUUCGAUAACGGUGAGGGAAAGGGCAGUAUUGCAGGUGCUCAAGGCACUACAUGGACAACAGUCCUUCAAAUCGGUGAACUGAUAGAGACCGCAAAGAGUUGUCUUGAUAGGGAAGAAACUCGUAUCUUCGUAACUCACCAUCCUAUUGGUCGAGAAGGUGUAUUUUGUCAACUUGCUACCGUUCUCCAAGCUGAUCUGACUUUAUCCGCUGGCCUACACUUUCGUUAUGGAGCCAGUUAUAAUGAGUUUUCCGUGAAUCCAAAUCCAGAACACUAUUUACAGAAACUUUCUGCUGGCCGCGCUCAGUUCAUGGAAGUUUGGGAAACCGUCAAGUCAGAAGUUGAACGAAUGGUCACUCCUGAUCAGCAACAUUUAGUGAACAAUGUUACGCGUCUCGUUUCCAGAAUGCCUGAUGCCACCAAUAGUUAUGCCAUGAAUAAUAUGUUACCUGGAACUGCAUUGAAAAAUCUUUGGAACUUUAAUUUGCUUGACGCCUCUUUUGGAUGGAAUGUUUUCGUGGUAGAAAAUGGUCACGUCCAGGUUGAAAGUAAAUCUUUUGGAUUCAAUUUGGGUUAUCGCCGCUCUGCCGCCCGUCGGAACGAUAAUUAUGCACCCAAUAAUUUCAAUAGGGUUACUGAGGGAGGUUUUACUGGUGGAUCUUACUCCAGACCUCAAAAAUCUGAAGCGCCAGCUGAAACUCCUGCCGUUGCCGAUGAAGCGAGUGCCGUUGAACCCACUACUGAGCCGAUUGCUGAAGACGCGAAAGCUGUAGAUUCUGAGGAAUAUUUGAAAAAAGAUGAAGUUUACACCGAUCAAACUCUUCGGAGAGAAACUGUUUAUGAAGAGGAAGAGUCUGUCGCUGCUUCCAAGCUGCCUAGCGACACGAAAGAUAUCGAAAAAGGAUUAGCAGACACGACAAUUACAGGAGAGGGCACUGCCAGCGAUAAAGAUGUUGCUGAAAGGAUUCCUAGAGAACAGAUUACUUCAAAUGUUGAUGACCGACAUGCUUCCAAAGGUGAUUAUCAGAAAAAUAUGGAACGCGGAUUCCGUCCAUACUACGGAGAGCGUCAAGAAAGAUUUGGCUUCCAUAUAACACCCUGUAAUACCGAAGAAGAAGCUCGGUCUUUCUUCACUGACGGUGCUGACCAGCUAAUUACUAAUGUUCAAAUUCGCACUUCGAUGAACCGAAACAGAAAUUUACCACCAAAUUCAAAUGUGACACCUACAAAUUAUGCUUACGUGCACUUUGAGAAUCAGGAUGCUGUGAAUAAGGUAGCAGACAAGAUUAAAACACCCGAAGGUGUGCGUGCUAAUAUAAUGCGUGAUGAUUAUUACCGUCAAAACAGAGGAUGGUAUCGGGGUGGUCGAACGGAGGGUCAUUAUUCUGGUAUGCGUACAAACCGUGGACGAGGUGGUCGUGGUGGGCGCUAUCCUAGAAUGCAGCAACAUCCUCGUCCAGUGCAAUCUACUGGAACUUCUAUGGCACCGAAAUCUACCACUGAACAAAGCUCAGCUGAUCAUUAAUGAAAAUUGCUUACGAUCUUAACGAUUUACUCUGUCCCUCAAAAUUUCAUUCUUUUAUUCUUUUGUAUAUGGAUUGAUGUUUAUGUCGUCUCCACGUCUUUAACUUUCCUUUUCACGACUGCAUCUUUUGAAGAGGUGCUCUCCAUAAGAUUGGAAUUGGGUGAAAAAACGUACAAAAAGUUUUUGUUUUGCAAUUCCUUCUCUACACCAGUUUCUGACAUUCUGAUUCUUACGUUACAAUGGUUAGGAUUACAAAGUUUUUGUUCUUACAGGUUUUUGAGCAAGAUUUGAAUGCUAUAUAAUUGACUUUGUAAAAAAGUUGCACGUAAAUAGAAUUGA